AUGGAGAAUAGGACAGAAGUGACAGAGUUCAUCCUGCUGGGACUGACCAGUGACCCAGGUCUGCAGCUUCCCCUCUUUCUGACGUUCCUGCUCAUCUACACCAUCACUCUGGUUGGGAACCUGGGGAUGGUCCUGUUGAUUGUCUUGGACUCCCAUCUCCACACUCCCAUGUACUUCUUCCUUGGCAACCUGUCUCUGGUGGACUUUUGUUAUUCUUCAGUUGUCACUCCCAAGGUCAUGGCUGGGCUCCUUCCUGGAGACAAUGUCAUUUCUUAUAGUGCUUGUGUUGCUCAGCUGUUCUUUUUUGGAGCCUUUGGUACUGUGGAAAAUUACCUGUUGUCCUCAAUGGCAUAUGAUCGUUAUGUAGCAGUGUGCAAGCCCCUGCAUUACACCACUACCAUGACAACUAGUGUGUGUGCAUAUCUCAUCAUUGGCUGCUAUGUCUGUGGUUUCCUGAAUGCCUCCAUCUACACUGGGAACACGUUCAGUCUCACCUUCUGUAUAUCUCCUUUGAUCCAUCAUUUUAUCUGUGAUGUUCCAGCACUCAUGGUUCUCUCUUGCUCCAAUAGACAUGUUAGUGAACUAUUUAUUAUUUAUGUUGCCAGCUUUAAUAUCUUUUUUGCUCUCUUAGUUGUCUUUAUAUCCUACAUAUUUAUUUUUAUUACUAUCCUAAAGAUGCGCUCAGCUGCAGGACACAGGAAGGCUAUAUCCACCUGUGCCUCCCAUUUCACUGCAGUCUCUAUUUUCUAUGGGACUCUAAUUUUUGUGUACUUACAACCCAGCUCCAGUCACUCCAUGGACACUGACAAAAUUGCCUCUGUUUUCUACACUAUAGUCAUCCCCAUGCUGAACCCCUUGGUCUACAGCCUGAGGAACACCGAGGUCAUGAGAGCAUUUCAAAAAUUCUUCUGGUAG